AUGGCGGGCGAGGACCACCAGUGGCAGGGCAGCAUCCUCUACAACAUGCUCGUGAGCGCCAAGCGAAGCCCGGAGGCGCCGCUGCGGGUCCCGUGCUGGGGCUGCUCUUGCGGCGCCGCGCCGCCUGGGGGUUGCGAACCGCUGGCUGACGGGUCGGCAGGGGCGCUGACCUACCGCUGCUGCUUCUGCGGCGAGGACCACCCGCGCCAGGGCAGCAUCCUCUACAACAUGCUCACCGAGGCCAAGUCGCCGGAGGUGGCCCUCAAGAGCCCGCAGGUGGCGGGCGAGGCGGCCUCCGCAGCCCUGCUGCAGACGAUGCACUUCGUCAAGUACCUGCCCUGCUUCCAGGUGCUGCCCCUGGACCAGCAGCUGGUGCUGGUGCGCGGCUGCUGGGCGCCUCUGUUCCUGCUGGAGCUGGCCCAGGACCACGUGCACUUCGAGACGGUGGAGAUGGCUGAACCGAGCCUGCUGCAGCGGAUCCUCACCAGCAGGCGGCGGGAGCCCGAGCGCCCGGCGUUGCUGGAGCCACUGCCAGCGGCCCAGCAGCCUCCAUCGUCCGCCGACGUCCAAGUCAUCAAUGGCUUCCUGGCCAAGUGCUGGAGCCUGGAUAUCAGUGCCAAGGAGUACGCUUACCUCAAGGGGAUCGUGCUGUUUAACCCUGACCUGCCGGGCCUGCGUUGUGUGAAGUAUGUCCAGGGUCUUCAGUGGGGAACUCAGCAGAUACUCAGCGAAUACAUCACAUCGACCCACCGAGUGCCCCAGGCCAGAAGCAUGGCACUGAACUGUGCCCUUUCCCUGCUGAGAUUCAUCAGUGCCGAUGUCAUUGCUGAACUGUUCUUCCGGCGCAUCAUUGGCACAGUGAGCAUGGAUGAUAUGAUGCUAGAGAUGCUCUGUGGCCAAUUAUGAACAGGUGUGAACCACACUGGCCAGUUAUGAAGGCAUGUGAACCACACUCUGUGGCCAGCUAUGCAGACUUGUAAGCCACACUCUGGUCCCAGCUAUGACGGUGUAUAAACCACACAAGUGCAGCUCACCAUGCAGGAUGAGGCGCUGUGGGAAAGCGAGUAUAAAAUAGUGUACAAUAAAUUUUCUUAGUCUUUUU